ACCACCUUUGCCCUUAGAAACAACAAACAAUUUUAGUCAAGAAACAACCAUGGAAAAUUCAGCCGACAAACUGCCUACAUCACAAGAAUCUGAAACUCCGUCAAUGGCAACAUCUCGUGUAGAUUGUUUUAUCGGUGACGUGGCUAUUAGGAUCUCACUAUAUGCAGCAACACUUGUUGGAAUUGUUUUCAUGGUGACCAGCAAGCAGACAGAGCUUGUGGCCGUUCCAGGAGCUCCGGUGGGAUUGAAGAUUCCACUUACAGCAAAGUUUAGUCAGGAGCCGGCCUUCGCAUAUCUUGUGAUAGCGUUAUCGAUUACAUGUUUAUACAAUAUCAUAAAAACAGUUACAUUGUUCUCUAUCAUUUUCAAUCCUACAUUGAUCUCAAAGAAUUUCUUGCUCCAUUUUGCAUUGCUGGACGUGUUGAUUUAUGGGGUAGUAGUUUCAGCAACAGGAGCAGCCGGUGCCGUGGGAUAUGUUGGAUGGAAGGGGAACGGUCAUGUUGGGUGGUCAAAAGUAUGUCCUAUUUAUGACAAGUUUUGUGGUCAUACAGCAAAAUCCAUUGCUAUGUCACUUCUGGCCUCCGUUAUUCUGUUUUUGCUCAGCAUGUUAUCCAUAUUCUCUUCACAAACGGGGUCGUGA